AUGGCACCACAGUACUUUGACACAGAGAACGAAGAGGCGGGUUCCAAGCGGUCCAACGGCGGCCUGCCGGGGAUGUUUUCUGCUAUAAGAUGGCGGGUGACCGUCUGUGGCUUCUUCGGGAUUCUUGUCUCGCAGACCUUCCGGGUCAGCUUCACUGUUGGGGUGUCGUGUAUGGUGGGGCCGCAUUCCAUGCUCCAGGAAAACCUUACAACCUCACCUGUGCCCGGGCAUGGAUAUCAACGCACGUGGAAUACGUCAUGGAAUGGGAACUUUUCAGGAAUUGUCGAAACAAACCCCGCAGAAGUCCAGGGCGAAUUUGACUGGAACAAGAAAACUCAGGGAACGCUUCUAUCGGCGUAUUUCUAUGGCCACCUGGUCUCACAGGUGCCAGGUGGUUGGCUGUCUCGUCGCUAUGGUACCCGCUGGGUGGUGGCGAUCGCCAUGAUGGCUGCUAUGGCGUGUACCGCCCUCACCCCCAUCUGCGCCAGGACACAUGUAUAUUUACUGUUUGUCAUUCGGGUAAUCCUGGGGGCUGUUCAGGUGGGUACUUCCGGUCAUGAUCAGCCUAAGAUGGCCCCCUGGUGUAGUAUUCUCGCAUCCCCACCCGUGUGGGGCACCGCCCUGGGGUACUUCGGCAUAGACUGGGUGAACAACACAUUCAGUCUGGGUAUCAUUUUGUACAUGGGAGAAGUCUUAAAGUUCAAGAUUACCUCGUCGGGGAUUCUUGGGUCACUUCCGCCUGUCGUCUGCGUUGUAUCCUCCAUGUUUGUUGGAUGUCUCUCCGACUUCAUUCUCAACAAGAAGAUACUGAGUCGGGUUAACACGAGAAGACUCUUCCAGACAUUGUUUCAGAGAAUCUCGAGUUCAGAGUUGUUAAUCGGGAAGAAAAAAGAAGGGGAGGCGUUUGUGCCAAUGGGAAUACUGCUGGCAGCGACAGGCUUUGUGACAAAAGAGCACGCAAGUCUCGCUGUCGCAUGCCUCGUCAUAUCUCAAAUGUUCUUCGGCCUCUCCCUUGCCGGGUUUCUUAUCAGCGUCAUGGAUUUUGCCCCAAGGUUUUCGGGAGAAAUCUCUGGCGCGUUGAACAUCUUCGGAACCAUGACUGGUCUGUUCGUGCCUUCUGGCCAUUGGAACGCUAACACCUAA